ACUUACAACUGAGUAAAAAAAAAGAAGCAAAAAUACAAAAGGCCAUCAGAUCGGAAUAUAUAUAUAUAGUUUUUCAAAGAUAUUGUGAGAUUGUGAGACAUAGAAAUGGCAGCGCCGAUGCAACACGAGGACCUGCUGAAGCUGAAGAGCUUCAUCGAGUUCGUGGACUCGAAUCCCACGGUGCUGAACAUGCCGCAGCUGCAGUUCGUCAAAGAUUUCGUGGAGAAGUUCGGGGGCACGGUGCCGGCUGGUGAUUUCAAGAUGCCCGACGCCUCCGCCGGAGGCAAGUGUCCGUUUGGUGGCGAUGCCGCUGGUGGGGCAAAGGCCAAGAAGCCGGCUUCUGGGGCCGCCGAUUCCGCCGAUAAUAAUGCCUCCGAGGACAGCGAGGACGAGGAGUCCCUCUCCGAACCCGAAUCGGACGUGGAGCUGGACAUGGAGGGUGUCAUCGAGGCGGACAGCGAUCCCGCCCAGCCGAUGGGCGACUCCGCCAAGGAGCCCACUGAGGAGGAGGUGGACCAGGCCGGCGAUCUGCGCGCCCAGGCGGCAUCCGCCUACGGCCAGCAGAAGUUCGACGAGGCCAUCGCCUUCUACACCAAGGCCAUCGAGUUGAAUCCGGGCAAUGCCCUGUUCCACGCCAAGCGCGGCCAGGCCUUCCUCAAGCUGAAGAAGCCGAAUGCCUGCAUCCGCGACUGCGACAAGGCGCUGGAGCUCAACUGCGAUUCGGCGGCCGCCUACAAGUUCCGCGGACGUGCCCGUCGCCUCCUCGGCGACUUUGAACUGGCCGCCAAGGAUCUGCGGCAGGCGUGCAAGCUGGACUUUGACGAGGAGACGGACGAGUGGCUCAAGGAGGUUACGCCGAAUGCCAAGAAGAUCGAGCAGCAUCGCGUAAAGCAGGAGCGUCGCCAGGCCGAGCGCAAGAUCAAGGAGCGUCAGCGGGCUCAGAGGCGCGCCCGCAAGGAGCAGGCCAAGCAGAGCGCCAGCUCCGGAGGUGGCGGAUCGUCCGGCGGAUUCCCUGGCGGAUUCCCCGGAGGCUUCCCCGGCGGCUUCCCUGGCGGAUUCCCGGGCGGAUUCCCCGGCGCUGCUGGCGGCGGCGGUGGUGGUGGCAUGCCGGACAUGGCCGAUUUGAUGGGCGCCAUGAAGGAUCCCGAGGUGGCGGCCGCCAUGCAGGACAUCCUUGGCAAUCCGGCCAACAUCUCGAAGUACGUGUCAAAUCCAAAGAUCUUCAACCUGAUCAAGAAGUUCGUGCCUGGCGGCGAUGUGGGAGCUGCUUUUGGCCAGGCGGAGGAAAAAUCCGGAGAGCCAAGCGAGCCAAAAACCAAGAAGGGCUCCGCCGAUUUCGUCGACGAUGGUUUGGACUAAGGAUUAGGGAUCGGGAAUCGACAAGAAUGACACGGGACAGGCGGCGAUGAAAAUACAUAAGUUAACAAAUGAUACACACGAAAAAGAGCGAGAUGAAAGGAUGGCAACGGGAGACAGAGAAGCAGAUAGAGAAGGGAUAAGAAACACACUAGGAAAAGAAAGAAAAGCUGCUGCCUUACACAUUUUCCAGCUCAGAAACAACUUAAACAUUUCCCAAAGCUUUUCUUAACUCAACACGUAAACAAAGGGCGGCAAGGCGGAAAUAAAUAUAUAUAUAUAUUACAAGUAA